CAAUGUUAGACCAAUUAGUGCAGACCGACAAUUAAGCAUCCCCCACCUACGAACAAUCACCUGAUCCACUUCCUUUCGUCGUCCUCGUUUUGCUACUUCCCUUCCACUUUGGACUCUCCCAAAUAUCCCAAAACCCACACGGAAGGCCAGAGAUAGCAAUACGCCAAUACUCACACUCCACCUGUCCCUGUAGAUAAAAAUCCACAAUUCAUGAAACUUUCAUCGACAAAAUAAUUCAUUUCAUCACGAUUGAGUACGGAUUACUGUUUGUUAAAGUAAACACUCUGUUCUACUCUAUCUAUAAGAUAUAUGCAAGCAAUGAUGCGAUGAGUAUAUGUGCCUUCCAAAGAUGGCUGUAAUGGCGACGAGGAUUACCCGAACGAUGACCCGCAUGGCCCGUAGACCCAAAGCGCGGCCCUUUGGAUUCGGGUUGGCUCAACCCGACUCGUGUGGGAAUUCUGGGCCGUCAUUUUCGACCUCUGCAACGACUAAGGCCGUGGAGGAGUCGCCGGACAAGAUCUUCGGGUUGCUCAAGGAUUACGAGGAUUACCGGCGGGCUAUGUAUGGCGGGCUGACUCAUAAGGCCCUCCUUGUUGAUGUAGCAGGCACUCUCGUUGUGCCCUCUCAGCCCAUGGCUCAGAUAUACAGGCAAAUUGGGGAGAAAUAUGGGGUGGAUUACUCUGAAGAUGAGAUACUAAAUAGAUACAGAAUGGCUUAUGAGCAACCUUGGUGUAGAUCUAGACUCAGAUAUGUGAAUGAUGGGAGGCCAUUCUGGCAGCAUAUAGUCAGUUCGUCUACUGGGUGUUCCAAUUCUCAGUACUUUGAGGAGUUGUAUAACUAUUAUACCACUAACAAGGCUUGGCAUAUAUGUGAUCCUAAUGCAGAGAGGGUAUUUAGGGCUCUUAGAAAUGCAGGGAUAAAGCUAGCUGUUGUUUCAAACUUCGACACACGAUUACGACCUUUGUUGAGGGAUCUAAACUGUGAUCACUGGUUCGAUGCUGUGGCUGUGUCAGCUGAAGUUGAAGCAGAGAAGCCAAAUCCAACAAUAUUCUUAAAAGCUUGUGAAUUUUUAGCAGUAAAUCCCGAGGAUGCCGUUCAUGUAGGAGAUGAUCGUAGAAAUGACAUUUGGGGGGCUAGAGAUGCUGGUUGUGAUGCAUGGCUUUGGGGCAGUGAUGUACACUCCUUCGAAGAGGUUGCCCAAAGAAUAGGAGUUCGAGUUUGAGAGAGUAAUGCUUUCUUUUCAUGGCACAAACUUUUUAAAGUUUUGUUCUAUGAACCCUCGUUGUAAGCCCUUAGCUGGUUCUGUAUAUAUUCGUAGAGGAUUUGGAACAGUACUAUACAUAAGUUGUUCGAAUCCAAUAAUGGCAAUUUCGCAAUUGUUGUAAUGUGUGUGUCAGUUUUUCUAACUUUACAAGGAUGUUUUAAUUAGACUUUUUCAAUCUCAUUUUCGUUAUUAGUCAUUUAAUUGUACCUGUAGAAAUGUCGUGUAACCAAAGUUGUCUGCAAUAAAGAAUUUUCUAAAAAACGUAUCAU